GCUUUUACUUUACUUUUUGCAUGGACUCCUAACGCCAAUGAUGGAAAGCCAAAGUCCACUCCGGAUCCCCAGUGGCCAGUGGCAGUGCGUUCGCGUUUGGACUCGAACGGAUUGUUCCUCCGAGUCCCCUCGUUUGUCGACGCGUUGUUAAAUCCCUGCGAUUAUACACGUGUCACAAAAUCUAGGAACUUGAAAGGAGUUUUCCUUCGAGUCCAAAUGCACUGGAUCCGGGCUGUCCAAGGUCCCCCUCAUUACCCAGCCCAACCUUUUCAUUUCCAGAAGGGCAAAGCAAAAUUUGGAGAGUAGCCAUCGGGUCUGGCGAUUCUGGAGCCUGCACCACUUUCCACGUGGCCCUCUCUCAUACGCAGAUACACUAUUGUCUAUUGCUUCCUCUCUCCCUCUCUCUCUAGUCUCUAGUCUCUAGUCUCUACUUCUCCUUACUUUCCCAUUAACAAAUUUUCAGCAUUACUGCUUUUACUCUUUAACCCAUGAUUUCUCACUAUAUUUAAUUCUCAUUACCUUUGUCUUUUGAGUCACCCCCUCUCUCUCUCUCUCUCUCUCUCUCUUUAUCUUUCUCUCUGCUUUUCCAGUUGUUGAAGCUUGAAAGGAGAAAGCAAACGGAAGAAAGAAAGACAAAGCAACACAGAAAGAAAGCAAGGGAGAAAGAGAGCAUUUGUUCUUCUUCCCCUUCUUGUUCUUCCACAACCGGCGUAGUAAUCUUUAGAUGGCUAAAGAGAAAGAGAGAGAGAAGGAGAGGAACAUGUUCGUAGGGGUCGUUUGGAGCUGUGCUGCUGAGCUUAAAAUUCUUCUAACGGCUCUUCUCUUUCUCUGUUCUUUAGCCACUGUUCUUCAAUUCCUUCCUUCCCGCCUCUCCAUCUCUCCUUCCGAUUUCCGUCUCUGCCUUUCCAAGCUCUCCUCUGAGGCCCCACCACCCCCUUCUCUUCCCCCUCCGCCUGUUCCAUCACCGCCGUCCCUUGAACAGGAUCAGAUCCUCGAUGGGGGCAUCGUCAAGCGAGCUUUCAACCCAUACGGCGCUGCUGCUUACGCCUUCAUCCAGAUGGGUACUUACAGGGGUGGCCUCGACACUUUCGCUGUUGUCGGUCUUGCCUCCAAGCCUCUCCAUGUCUACGGUAAGCCCCAGUAUCAAUGCGAGUGGGUCCCAGAUUCCGGUAACCAAUCAUUGUUCACCGACGGUUACAAGAUUUAUCCCGAUUGGGGAUACGGACGAGUAUACACCGUCGUUGUUGUCAAUUGCACGUUCCCGGAGCCGGUCGGUGCCGACGGCUCAGGUGGUAAGCUAAUCCUCCAUUCCUGGACCAACGGCGGCUUCGAUCGAGAUGUUAAUGCAACGGAAAAGAUCGAGGCUUUGAGAGAAGCUCCGGGGAGCUUGAACGUUUCGGUCUUUAAAUCGCCGCCUCAGUUCGAUUACUUGUACUGUGGCUCAUCGUUAUACGGCAAUCUCAGUCCGCAGAGGGUGAGAGAGUGGAUUGCCUACCAUGUGAGGCUGUUCGGACCAAAAUCCCAUUUCGUGAUACACGACGCCGGUGGGAUCCAUCCGGGUGUUCUGGAGGUUCUGAAGCCAUGGAUGGAGAAAGGGUAUGUGACAUUGCAGGACAUCAGAGAGCAGGAACGGUUUGAUGGCUACUAUCACAACCAGUUUCUCGUGGUGAAUGACUGCUUACAUCGGUAUCGCUUCAUGGCCAAGUGGAUGUUCUUCUUCGAUGUGGAUGAAUACGUUUAUGUCCCGCCAAAAAGCACCAUUAAAUCGGUUCUGGAUUCUCUAUCGGAUUAUACCCAGUUCACCAUUGAACAGAUGCCCAUGUCCAAUAAGCUCUGCCUAGCAGAGGACGCCGGAAAAACUUACAGAAAAUGGGGGUUUGAAAAGCUAGUAUUCAAGGAUGUAAAGAAAGGAAUAAGGAGGGAUCGCAAGUACGCGGUCCAGCCGCGUAAUGUGUUUGCGACCGGAGUUCAUAUGUCGCAGAACGUCGCCGGCAAGACCACACACAAGACGGAAGGCCGGAUUAAGUACUUCCAUUAUCACGGAACCAUCGCCGAUCGGCGGGAGCCAUGCCGGCAGCUUGUGAAUGUAACCCACCUGACGGUGGAAGGCAUACCAUACGAGCUAGACAGUACCUUACGGGACGCGGCUCAAUCUGUAAAGAGGUUCGAACUCAAGACUAUAGGGAGCAGGUUACAAAGAACGCGGCAAUGACGGAUUUGACGGCUUUGUUUUGUUUGCUUGAAAUUCUUUCUUUUAUCUCUUUUUUUAUCUCCUCCUUCGGCUUCAUGGUUUCUGUAGAACAGAAAUUCAAUUCAGUUCUUUUUUUUUUUUGUAAGAUAUAUUUAUACACAGAUAACAGAUGGAUGGUUAUUGUGUAGAAUAGGUCGAUUCUUUUUUACAGGUUUAAUCUAUUCUUCCUUGAUUUAA